AAAGUCGUUUAUUCCGAUCCCUCGGCGUAAAACAAUGAUUCCAAUUUCUCUGCAUCCAUCUGUAUUUUAAAAUAAAUUUAAAAAAUCCCUUCCGAUCAUAAAUUGGGGGAUCAUGAGGGUACCUGAGUUUAUUUGGAUCUCCACCCGACAUGCGUAGUCCUGUACUCAGUGAACAGCUGAUCUGUUAUCAGCAACGGACGAUAGAAUAUUUCCCACUCCAUCAUUCGUCUCGAUUGAUGAGAAAAGUUGUCCGCAAAGCUGCCCCUUUGUUGUUGAAGAAAAUACGAGAUGAAAUUGACAAAAACCCGUUGUCACCUGAUCUCUACGUGAAAGAAAUUGUCACAAGUGCACCUUCGUAGUUCAACCAAAACGUGAAUUUUCUGUAGUGAUAAAUUAUUGUGUACUUCCAAGUUUUUUCUCGGGUCUUUCGAUGAUUGAUGUCCGGAAUACAUGCAAGUAGCCUUCGUCAAAAGAAUGGCGCCUUACAAUGGAGGAGUGCCAUUGCUCUAACAUCGUGAUCAUGCAGCUAUUCCACGAACUGAAGCAACAGUUUCCAGCAUUGCCGGACUACAUCGUGUCUCAGUGCAUCGCCCAGAAUAGUCACGACAGGGAGAUAUGUACAAGAAGUUUACGCGCAGCACAAGAUUUACGAUCGUCUCCAGGUGCCUUUCCGCCCCCAGCACCUGAGCCACUACCAUCGCUUUACGACAUCAAUAAUGAGAGGAACAAUGAUGAUAAAAUAGUUGGAAAUACCCAUCGAAAUCAUCAACGGCCUCAUCGGCCGAAUUCCCUGCACAUUGGCAAAUCACGCCAGUGCAAUAGCCCAAAUAAUUCGAGACUACAAUUCUCCCCGGCAACGUCUUUUCCCUCGCGUUCUACGGCUUCGUCAGCUGUUAGUAACUAUUCUUCGAGGGCUUUAUUUGAAGACCUACCAAAUCCAACGGUCGCAAGUACGAUCAAUGUUGUCGAUAAAUCGGGGAAUAAUUGUGGUGGAGAGAAACCAGCGAGGGGAUUUGAACUCAAUGUAAAUGUCGCUUGCAGUCCUGCUAGCAAUAGUGGUCAAAUUCCCCGCUUAAGUCGAACUGAUCUAGUCGGCGAGCAACUAUCGCAUUAUACGGAAUCGAGACUGGCAGGGAAUCAUGAUUGUGAGACUGUAGAUCAUACAAGAGGUUACACUUCUGUCAGUCUCAUCCUCAGGCCCCCGUCCUCCGAACCACAGCCACCCAUUGAUAUUCGGUCUCAAGGGUCCAGUCUGACUUAUUCAACUUCUUCGUCAGAUGCAAGGGGCUUCCAGAGUCGCUUGCUGAUCAGCAUAGGUCCUGGUAAAGUUGGCAGUGUGGCGGCAGCGAGGAUAAAAUCGCGAAUGGGCCAUACAAGGCCCAAUUCGUUGCUAUCGGCCAUGCAGAGUACGUCGAAUCAAUCGACAGGAGUUGUUGUGGGGCCCUCCAGUCAUUUUCCAAGGCCGUCAACGAGUUCCGCGAAAAGUGGAUCGUUAGCUGUGGGUGUUACCAUCCCUAAUACCGUUCAAAAUUGUCCCACUUUGCCAACAACUUCUUCAGCGACGACUAGUUCCAUUACUACUAAUCACAUUGGAGCACAGUUGGACCAAGUGACUGACAAUCAGAAAAAAUUAAUUACCGAGCAGUUGAAGAGAAAGGAAAGGCUAGCACACGAAUUGAGGAUGGAAAAAUUGAGAUUGGAAGCAAUGAAGAAGGAUCUACAGAUUCUCUUGAGGCCCGUAGAUCCUGCGGUGCCUACUCAGGGGUUAAAGAAAAAACUCCGGAGUGAAAUCUAUCAACUCCAAGUAGAGUGUGAUAGGCUGGCCGACGAAGUAGAUCAAAGAUCUGAUCCAAGAGUUCCAUUUGGAGAAACAAACGAAGAAUUUUAUCAGGGAAUCUACACAGGACAGAGUCUCAACAUCCCCUCAUUCACAUCAAGACCACGACCCCCAUUACCGGCCGUCCCACCGGCCUGGGAACCCCAGGGUCCACGAAUUCAUCCGUCAAAUCACGAUAGAGAUGACAGAGAUGGUCCAUCGUGGGUCUGUCGUAUGUGCACUUUCGAUAAUCAUCCAUUAAUGGACAAAUGUGAACAGUGUGACAUGCCAAAGUUUCGACUUCCCGACACAGGAGAGACACAAGAUAUUCACAUAAGAGUCACACGUCAUCAUAAUUUUUCGCCGAGGCGAACACUUCACAGUUGGGUUGUUUGACAUAUUGUGCAUCUAAUCUUCAACUACAAAAGUGUAAAUAAAAAAUUAUUCAUAACUCGUUACUUGAUAUUUAACAAUGACAAUUUAAUCUUGUUUAGCGUGUAAAUUAUUACGUGCAGAACGAAAAAAAAGUAAGAAUUCAUUCCUGCACAGUGAAAUUAACUGAAAAUUUGUGGAUAUUUAAUAAUGUUUAGUUUUUCAAUUGAAUAAACCAGGAAUAA